GACCAGUUUGACAACUUAGAAAAACACACGCAGUGGGGUAUUGAUGUUCUGGAAAAAUACAUCAAGUUUGUAAAAGAAAGAACAGAGAUUGAACUCAGCUAUGCAAAACAGCUUAGGAACCUCUCCAAGAAAUAUCAGCCCAAAAAGAACUCCAAAGAAGAGGAAGAAUACAGGUACACAUCAGCUCGAGCCUUCCUAGCCACUUUAAAUGAAAUGAAUGACUAUGCCGGGCAGCAUGAAGUCAUUUCGGAGAACAUGACCUCUCUUAUCACUGGAGAGUUAACACGCUGUGUCCAGGAGCUGAAACAAGAGAGGAAAUCGCACUUCCACGAUGGCCGAAAGGCACAACAGCAUAUUGAAACUUGCUGGAAACAACUUGAAGCAAGUAAAAGGCGGUUUGAACGUGAUUGCAAAGAAGCUGAUAGAGCACAGCAGUAUUUUGAGAAAAUGGAUGCUGACAUCAAUGUUACAAAAGCAGAUGUUGAAAAGGCAAGACAGCAAGCCCAACUGCGACAUCAAAUGGCAGAAGACAGCAAAGCAGAAUACUCUUCCACUCUGCAGAAGUUCAACAGUGAGCAGCAUGAUCAUUACUACACACACAUACCAAAUAUCUUCCAGAAAAUACAAGAAAUGGAAGAAAGAAGAAUCGUGAGGAUAGGUGAAUCCAUGAAGACUUUUGCGGAGGUCGACCGCCAAGUGAUCCCCAUCAUUGGAAAGUGUCUGGAUGAAAUAACGAAGGCGGCAGAAUCAAUUGAUCACAAGAACGAUUCCCAGCUGGUAAUAGAAGCCUUUAAAUCAGGGUUUGAGCCUCCGGGAGAUAUUGACUUUGAGGACUUCACCCAACCGAUGAAGAGGACUAUCUCCGAAUCCAGCCUUUCCAAUUCCAGAGGGGAUGGGAAGUCUGAACUGAAGUUUGGCAGCAAAUCCAAGGGCAAGUUAUGGCCAUUCAUCAAGAAAAAUAAGAUAAUAGAAACACUACUGGGCACUAAGUCUCCCAAGCAGCAAAAGGAACCCCUCUCCCAUCGCUUCAACGAGUUCAUGACCUCCAAACCUAAAAUCCACUGCUUCAGGAGCCUAAAGCGCGGGCAGACACAGUCUUUGUAUUUUCACAAAGAACUCAUGAAGAGGACUUUAGGGACUCCCACGUGUGCCAUUGAGGCUAGGGAAUACGUUCUUUCUCUCAAGCUGAUAACUCUGAAUACACAGGUCUGGAGUCUAAUAGAGGGAGCAGGGCCAGAAGAUUUCAGCAAUCUCCCACCUGAGCAAAGAAGAAAGAAACUUCAGCAAAAAGUUGAUGAACUAAACAAGGACAUUCAGAAGGAGAUGGAUCAAAGAGAUGCCUUAACGAAAAUGAAAGAUGUGUAUAUCAAGAACCCACAGAUGGGAGAUGCAGCGAGCGUGGACCACAGAUUAGCAGAACUUGGACAGAACAUUGAAAAGUUACGAAUAGAAGUUCAGAAAUUUGAGGGCUGGCUGGCCGAGGUGGAGGGCAGGCUGCCCAUGCGGACGGACCAGGCCCGGCGCCAGAGCGGCCUGUAUGAGGCCCAGAACACGUCGGCAGUGAACAGCUGUGCCCAGGACCGGGAGAGCAGCCCGGAUGGCAGUUACACAGAAGAGCAAAGUCAGGAGACUGAGAUGAAAGUACCUGCAACAGAUUUUGAUGAUGAAUUUGAUGAUGAAGAACCACUACCCACUAUAGGAACAUGUAAAGCUCUGUAUACAUUUGAAGGUCAGAAUGAAGGAACAAUUUCUGUAGCAGAAGGAGAGAUGCUGUAUGUCAUAGAGGAAGACAAAGGUGAUGGGUGGACGCGAAUCCGAAGGAAUGAAGAUGAGGAGGGAUAUGUCCCUACAUCAUAUGUUGAAGUCUAUUUGGACAAAAAUGCCAAAGAUAUGUACAAACCACUUCAGGAAAUCUCUGAGUAGUUUUGCAUAGGCCUGUUCACCUUUUAUUCCACUGGGUUGCUGCUACGUUGUUCUAAGAGAUCUGUUGCAGGAGAUUUACUUUAGUAGAGAUCAGUGCACGUCUUGUCUCCAUCAAUGAA